GCAGGGCGUCGCUCUUGAGAAUUCUGCAUGAUAUGUUCAUGAUAUGUUCAUGAGGCCGUGAAUGCAUCCAAGGGAAGGGUCGCUUGCUUCUUAUCUCCGAAUCAUGGUUACGCGGAUGACAUUGGAUGAAUUUUCCGAAUUACCAAACUGACAGGUGGUGAACUCCACUGUGUACAUCUUGCAUUCAUGUACUAAUCGCAUGUGAGCUGUAUGCACGUUUCCUCAUUACAUCGCCGCAUGAUAUCAAGGAAGAUGUGCCAGAGACGUGCACAGCGGGCACAUUUGUAUUUUUCACCUUCACAUCUAGGCUUAAGAAUGGGUACACAAUGAACAAGAACACCAAGCUGUGACUCUUUUCAAGAUCCUUCUUCUUGUGAGAACAUGGCAGCAUUUGAUUCGGCGUUGACGCUGGCUCCGGUUCCUGCACCAUUGCAGCCGCUGCGGAAGUACAUUGGUUUGAGCCCAUCACAAUUUCAGACACUGCAACGUGGACAUGGAGUGGAGCCCGAUCCCUACAGUGCUCGCUUCGGGCUCCGUGACAACCCGGAGGAGGCCUUGAACAGGGGAUACACAUUCAACACAUGGAAACCGCCCAGCAAGAAACGUGUGGCGGACUCCGUGGAGAAUGAGAAGGAGAACCUCGAGCAGAUGGCCAACCCCGAGGAUGGUGAUCCUAAGAAGUACGUCAUCGUUGAGCUCAACAUCACUGAUUUGGGAUUCCGCUGGUUGUCGAUGGAGGGCCGCCUUGACUUCAACCGUGAAGGUCAAUUGCGGUUGUACGGGGCUUUGUUCAAUGAAGUGAGGGAUGCCAACGGGCGCCUUCUGUACCAGGUGGGCGAGAAUGUCCAGCAGCCCAUUCCUUAGGGAGGCUGCUGUUGAAUGGAUGAGUGGAGUCUACAUUGUUGCUUUGAAGUUCGGCAAAGGUAGACCAGGUAGAAGCCGGGUUUUUGCUGACAAGAGCGGCGCUGCGCUAUGAUUUGGGAAAGGAAA